AUGAAUCCUCGUCAAGAGAGGGUCAAUAUCAACGUGACUCAGGCCUCAUGCACUAAUGGAACAAGACAGUUGGAGAAAGUUAUAGACUUUGGCAGAGAACUGAUCAAACGUAGUGUACUGGACUUCAUGUUCCAUACCUACCCUCCUACCCACCUACCCUCCAACCCACCUACCCUCCAACCCACCUACCCUCCUACCCACCUACCCUCCAACCCACCUACCCUCCUACCCACCUACCCUCCUACCCACCUACCCUCCAACCCACCUACCCUCCAACCCACCUACCCUCCAACCCACCUACCCUCCAACCCACCUACCCUCCUACCCACCUACCCUCCUACCCACCUACCCUCCAACCCACCUACCCUCCUACCCACCUACCCUCCUACCCACCUACCCUCCAACCCACCUACCCUGCAACCCACCUACCCUCCUACCCACCUACCCCCUACCCACCUACCCUCCAACCCACCUACCCUCCUACCCACCUACCCUCCUACCCACCUACCCUCGAACCCACCUACCCUCCUACCCACCUACCCUCCAACCCACCUACCCUCCUACCCACCUACACUCCAACCCACCUACCCUCCUACCCACCUACCCUCCUACCCACCUACUCUCCAACCCACCUACCCUCCUACCCACCUACCCCCUACCCACCUACCCUCCAACCCACCUACCCUCCUACCCACCUACCCCCUACCCACCUACCCUCCAAUCCUCCAACCCAUCUAG